UCCUUGGCAGGGCGGUAGCUGUGUGCGAGUGCGUGCGUGCGUGUGGGGUCGGCCUCGCCACACGGAUCCUGUCCCCUCAAGGAGGGGUUGUGGCCUUAAACCUGUACCAGAUGCGUUCCCGAGUGAGUCUGUUUUUCUCGCGGCCUGCUCUUUUCCUGGUUCUCCAUUAAGGUUUUCUGUUUCUCUGGUGUUUUUGGAAAGCUGGGCUUUCACAGCAGCUUCCAAGGAGUUUUGGAAGAGGCUUGGAGAGGUGAAGCUGGCCUAAGAGGGCCCUGUGUUUUCAAAACAAUUUCUAACAGUGAAGGCAUAGUUUACUAAGGAUUCAUGGUUUCCGCAGCUUAUGAGAAUGGUUUUAUAUCCACUUGCAGGAACAGGGUGGCUUGCAGAUCUCUUUGUAGAGAAAUCGGGUUCCAGGCUUUCUUAUACAGAAGUCUGGUGGGAGUUUCCUGCAGUGAUUUGAGAACCUCAGCGAUCCUUUUCCACUGAGAGAUGCAAGCGGGUGCCGUUGUUCAACUGCAAAACAGUAUUUUGGUCCUUUGGAAGGAUGAUGAGAUGUGUUCAGCAAAACUGUGUCCGAUGAUGUUACUUGUGAGAACAGUGCGAUAGGAACAAUGAGUAGGCUGGGUGCAAACCCAGCCCCUGGCAUCACUUGAAGACUUCUAAUUCAGGAACCCUGUUUAUUUGUUGCCUUUGGGGCCCUGAUUUCUCUUAAAAAUUUAGCUGGCUGUUCUGGAGGACCUAGAGUCUUGUUUGUGUCUUCUGAGAAUGAUUGCACAAGUACUCUGAUACUACUUUGCAACUAUAGUAAAAAAAAAAAAAAAAAAAAAGGAAAAACAUCUUGCUCAACUUUGAUUGUGAACCUCACACUGGUGCCUCCUCCCCCGCCGUCCAUUCAGCUGUUUGCUGCCCCUUCCCUCCACUUUGGAGCAGCAUCUCAUCUGAUAGGCUGGCCUUUCCCAAUGGACUGGGAUGGGAGGGAACAAAGACCAAGUUGCUGUGACAUUUUUCUCUGUUCUUUGUGCCUUUUGCAUUAGUUGAGUGAAAAGCUACUCCAAAAAAUAUUGCUAAAUUUGACCCACACUUGAAACUUUCAGCAGUUUGUUUUUAAAGGCGUUGUGUAGGCUUGAAUUCCUCAUCUGCAGUUGUGGUUUGCGUCAGCCUUCUAGCUUGCAGCGCUGCUGUCAGACGCCUUUCCCGGGCCCUUGGGCGGCCCUGUCGUCCCCCAAGCAGGGUGGCUGCUGUGGACCAGGGGUCGCUGUGGCAGCCAUAUCUCAGUGUUGAGACAGUGACAAACGAACGCUACAAACGCAGCUGAAGUAACUAGGCUGUUUGUACUUGAGGAUAUUUUUCCAGAAGCUUUGUGUGCCCUGAGUUCCUAAGCAGAUCUGAAGUAGGAAGGUUGUGUUUCCUCACACAUACGAGGGGAGUUACUUUGCAUAUGGGCAUUGAGCCCGCUGUCAAUUAAAUAACGUAAUUAGAAAGUGUCAGUAAAUGCUGGUUUGAGAAUCAUCUGUGUUUGUUGCCAAAAUAAGUGUUUCCAUCCGUCCAUUAUCCUGUGUAAGUCUCUUCAUCUCUUAAAUUGUAAGUGUAAUGGAUGAGCUUCUUUUAAUAGUAAGAUAUUUGGUAGUUAAUUGGUGAAAAUGGCAGUGCACUGCUUGCCUGACCAUACACUGUCAGUUUAUUAUUGCACUUUAGCCAGUGCUGUGGGGGGAUUGAGCGUGGCCUGUUUGAUAUACUUUUUAUAAAAAUGGAGUGAACUCAAAUAACUAGAAAUAUUUUUUCUGUGCAUUCUCUUAAUUUGAAUUUUAACUGGCAUUUCUGUGCACUUCACCUCUUCCAGUUUUAUCUUAAGUCCUCAGCUCCUGUUACUCAGGCAGUGAGAGGGAGAGUGGCGGAGAAACUUCCCGGCUUAGGAAGUGCCCCUUUUAACGCCCGCAUUGCUGAUUCUGAUUUGGACCUUUCUCUACCAAGUGCGUGUUUUGGUGUGAUAGACCUCGUUCGUGGCAUCUUUGAAGAUGGAGUUAGACUUGGCAGUGCACUUAGGUAUCUGUUGUUAUUCUCUGCUUUUCUUAGCUCUCCUUCACCUUUUCGUAUUUAAAAUUUUCUUUGUAGUUCACCUUUGGACCGAAUAGUAUUUUAUGUAUGCGGUAGAAAUACAAAUGUUAUUUUUAGAAUAAAGCCCAAAAUGAUUACCGGUACCUAAUCCUGGUUGACCUUGGGUGACCCAGUGGCCAUCUCCCCUUCCUUGGUCACUCUCCCUCUUUACUCCUUACGCUCUGGCAAUGUUGGCUUUUCAUUUCCCAGACUGGCUGGGCACCUCAUUUUCUCCUGGCCUCCAUGCAGACCGAUCAGGGCCCUGCUGAGUGCUGUGUCUAUCUGUCCUGCUGACUGCUGUGUCCAUCUGUUGCCUCCCGUGCAAGUCCCUCCUCCCCCCAGGAUGACUUACUCAGCCUUUGGGUCUUGCUUAAAUACUCCUUCCUUAUGGGGAGCCUUAGUCACCACUCCCAGGGAAGGUGGCCCCCACACCUUGUUACGUCAGCAUAGAGCUCACCGGGACGGUUUAUCAACUGUAUACCUCUUGGUUUCAUGUCUGUCUUCCAUGAUGGAAGGGCUGUCAGCUUAAUUUGGAUCGCGACCCGGGCCCAGCCCAGGACAGGACGCCGUAGUCAUAGAAGUUGCUCAAGAAAUGUUUGUGAAGGAAAGAAAUGUUGUAGGUUAUGUAAUCUGCUCUUUAAACUUCGGAUGACUUUAUCAGAAUGUUGCCAUGCUCGAAUAAGCCUUCCAUCUGUAUUUGAGUAAUUUUGAAAGGGGAAAUUUAGGAUCAUGAACUUCCAUUUACUUGAUUGACUAGAAAUUGUGCCAUGUGAAUUUCAGCCAUUUUUUCUGUGUGUUUCUUCACAAACUUGCCUUUAUAAUUUAGGUAAAGGUGUGGGAUUAGCUUUCAAAAUUGGGACAGAACAAGAGGUAAAGUAAAAUAAUUAAAGGGAACGGUUGUCUUUGUCAGAAGGAAAUGCUUCCUGUUAAAGAAAAUUUUAAUAGGACUGCUGCUUUUUGGGCAAAAUAGAGGUCCGGAAGCAGUUCUUUACUCUGAUUUCGGUAUACUUUCCGCAAAGGUUUCAGUGCGGCGCAGGCUGUGUGAAACGGAAGGCCUGGCUGCUGUCGCUUCUGGUGGGGACAUAAGUGUCUCACUGAGGACUGGAGCACCUUCUGGCCAAAUGCAGUGGGAGUAGUUAGUGGCUUAGCAUUAUGAGAGUUUUAGCAUUUUAAUUAAGAAAAAAAUGACGUAUUUGGAGGGAAGUAUACCAGAAUGGGGCUGUGUGUUAUUUUCCUCCACUUAGGUUUAUGUCUUCUAAAUGUUCCUUAGGGAACCUGUUAUGUAAAUAGCAAAAAGGUUGCUAUUAAAAAAACACUGAACUUGGGUGAUAGAGGCCUGGGUUCUUGGUUUUGUAACAGUAGGUUGGAUUUGUGUAGCUUUACUGUCUGAGCUUUUUUGUUUAUUUUUUUUGGGUAGCAAGAAGUGAGGGAUGGGAGUUGGUUGGUUGGGUUGGAAGCAUUUAAAAUCACUAUUCUAAGACUAAGAAAUCCCACAGUUGUAAAGCUGGCUCUGUGAAUAAAGAGUUAAGUGAAGUUUCAGUGUGAAAAUGAAAGAAGUCUGUCCUUUUAAUUUGUGGUGGCUAAGAUGUCUCAGGGGCUGGGACAAAGUAACCCUUCUGCCCACCCCUGUUUUUCCUUCUUCACCUGUAAGGCCCAGGCUGCAGCUGCUGACUGGGCCGCAGGCAGCUGUCUGCAUUGCCCACUGUUGGGCUCAGGGCGAGGCCUGGGCUCCCUCCCCGUCCUGCCCUUGGCGUCUGUACAGUGAGUUAUUCAUUAUCCUGAAAAUCUCACUGCGCUCUUUCUUUCCACUUGGGAAGAAACCAGUGUGCACCUGUUCAUUCCUUGGAAAUCGUGGUCAUUUCUCAACACAAAAUAUUUUUGAUCACUUAAAUUUUUUGUCAAGAUUGAGUAAAAUUCAUGAAACUUUUCCCCGCAUACUUGUUUAACUCUAAAAAAACGGGACCUUUACGAAUGGCUGAAGUUGAAACUGAACUUGUAAAUGCUUAAGAUUAACUUUGUUAUAUCUGAAAAUUUUCAUCUGAAAUGUAGCAAAUAGGUCUUCCUUCUUUUCUCCCCUGGUUAAUAGUCAGUGUCCCUUUCUCUGUCCUCCCAGUGCAGCUGUGUUUAGACUGUGGCCCUGGAGUGUGGUGUCCUGGAGUAAUGGGCUCUUGUGAGCAACAGGAAGGUCGUAAGGCUUUGACCAAAGUUUUGAUUAGCUCUUUUUCUAGUUAUAUUUAGCAAAAUAAACACAAAAGACUUUCCCUUCAUAUAGGAUGAUAAUGUAAACUUGUGGUCCUUAUGGUUAUACCUUUUGAGUGCACCUAAAAUGGGGGAGGGUUAGAGAAGCAGCAAGGACCUUGUCACUUAAGAAAUUAGACCUUGUUAGUGUGCAACAUGCUUCUAAAUGUGGUUUCACUUCCUGCAAAACAGGAAGUAAAAAUAAAAAACCAAAAAAAAAACCACACAAAAAAAACAAACCCAAAGUUACACUUCUGAAAGAAUUGGCUUUUUUUUUUUUAAAUUACUAAAAUGUCUGGAUAAUUUAAGGAUAUGGGAAAACUUUAAAAACCUUGCUGUUUUGGAUGCUUACAAAGAAGAAAAUCCAGCUUUUAGGAUUCUGAAAAAUGUUUCUAGAACUUGUAGUGUUAGUUUGUUCCACAACCUCACUUUUGAUUCUGAUUUCAAGGAAUUGUUAGACUUUGUGAAUCUUUUCUUUGCUAGAGUUGUAUGUUUUGUUCCUUAUGUAUUUAAAUUACUACAUAGGUAUUUUUAUUAUUUUGAGAAUAGUUCAUCUGAAAUUUGAGUUUAAUAUAUUAACCAUACUAAAAUUCAAAACACUUUCUUAUAGGAAAACCUUCCCUAACACAUGAGAGAGGUGAUCUUUAGAUUGUGACCUCUGUCUUUUAGUAUGAAACCUAGAACAGUGAUGUGUACUUUCACUCGUAGCUUAAGCACUUUUCAGCAGAUGUAACUUUAAUGAGAUUUACAUGUGAACUUUCUCUUCGGCUGAGAUGAUUAGAUCUGAUUCCAGUAAAUUUGAUUACUCAUCAGAUGUCUCUUUUUUAAAAAAACGAAAACUUGAAGUAGUAACUUUAAUCUUUGAAAAAAGGAUGUUUAAGCAGAGAUGAAUGUUUUAGAAAAUGAGAGAAAAUAUCUUAUACUUUAACCCAUACCCUCUUCUGCUUUUCCUUGAUGCCGCCUUCUCUGUCCCCAUUGUUGGUUCAGGGGGAAUGGGGGAUAGAGGGUACAUGGAGGGCAGGUAAAAAGGGGUGAUUGAAGGAGGAAAUAGAAGGUGGAAAGGAAAACAGGCUUUCAGAAUUUGGGGAAAUACCUAUGGUUUUUAUGUUUCGCUGCCAUCCUAGGUGUGUUGCUUUUCUGUUGCUGCUGUAACAUGUUACUACAAACUUAGCUUAAAACAGUUUAGAUUUGUUUAAGGUCUGUAGGUUGGAAGUCUCACCCUGAUCACAGGCUCCCGGGGAGAGCCCGUCUUCUUGCUUUUCCGGCUUCUAGAGGCCGCCUCCUGCCUUCCCUGGCCAGCGGCCCCCUCCUCACCAUCAGAGCCAGCAUGUGGCAUCCGCCGACUGUUCUUCCUGAGCACGUCUUCCUGAGGCUUCCACCUGCUUCUUCCGCUGAGGGGGCCCUUGUGAUUAAGCGGAUCCCUUGGUCAUCCAGGACACCCUCCCCCUCUGUUGAUGAGCGCUCACCUUCCUCUUUGCCACGUACCCUGGCCGUCUUCAGGAGGCAGUUCUGCCUGCCACACUGGAUUCCUUGGACCCCAUUAGAGCAGACGAGGACGAGGUUGGGGUCAGGUGACCGCGCAGCUGUGCAGGCUCCUCCAGGAACGCGGCCGUGCUGCGGUCAGGUGACCGCGCAGCUGUGCAGGCUCCUCCAGGAACGCGGCCGUGCUGCGGUCAGUCAGUGCAGUGUGGCUUGUGGGGGUUGCUGAGCAUGCUGGACACAUUUUGUUAAAGAUAAACUUUUAGUUUGGGAAAUAAUUUUAAAUAUACAGACCAGGUGCAAACAUAGUACAAAGUUCCGUGGUGCCAUUUGUCCAGUCUCCCCUGAGACAGCAGCUUAUGUGGCAGUGGUUAGCUAACCUAAGAAAUUAGCGUUGUCGCAUUGCUCUUAGCUAACCCCCAGACUUUAUUCUGGUUUCACCAGUUUUCCCACCAGUGUCCUUUUGCUGUUCUGAGAUAGAGCCGCGGACAGCGUGGUGCCCCGCUUCGGACUGCUUCGCUCGUCUCCUGACGGUCGCGCUUUUCGUCGCCUUGGCAGUGUGAGGAGCGCAGGCCUGUUGCCGCCCCCUGCUUGGCACAGUUGGAAAGCCUUCCAUGGCUGGCUUCUGGCUUACGUGACUGAUUUUCCACAGGGUAUACACCACACUGCUUUGGGACAUACCUCUAUUGGAUUUAUAUUCAGUCCUCAUCAACAUCGACUUUCAGCUAUGGAAUCGACAGUUGACGAUGAGGCGACGGCAGUAUAAAUGAAGGUCACGUGACAGAGCAGAACGAUGCCCAGGGCUGGGUGUUCUAAGGCGGCCCAGCAAGAAGAGUUUGCUCUCAGCAGCGACAUGGUGGAGAAACAGACGGGGAAAAAGGAUAAAGAUAAGGUUUCUCUCACCAAGACUCCAAAGCUGGACCGAAGCGAUGGCGGAAAGGAGGUGAAGGAGAGAGCAACCAAGCGGAAACUGCCCUUCACCGUCGGGGCAAAUGGGGAGCAGAAGGACUCGGACACAGAGAAGCAGGGUCCCGAGCGCAAGAGGAUGCGGAAGGAGCCCGCCCCGCGCAAGGCCGGCCUGCUCUUCGGCAUGGGACUGUCGGGGAUCCGAGCCGGCUACCCGCUCUCCGAGCGCCAGCAGGUGGCACUUCUCAUGCAGAUGACGGCCGAGGAGUCAGCCAACAGCCCGGUGGAGACAACACCAAAGCAUCCCUCCCAGUCCACCCUGUGUCAGAAGGGGACGCCCAACUCUGCCUCAAAAACCAAAGAUAAAGUCAACAAGAGGAACGAGCGUGGAGAGACGCGCCUGCACCGCGCGGCCAUCCGGGGCGAUGCCCGGCGCAUCAAGGAGCUCAUCAGUGAGGGGGCCGACGUCAACGUCAAGGACUUCGCAGGCUGGACGGCGCUGCACGAGGCCUGCAACCGGGGCUAUUACGAUGUCGCGAAGCAGCUGCUGGCAGCCGGCGCCGAGGUCAACACCAAGGGCCUGGACGACGACACGCCACUGCACGACGCUGCCAACAACGGCCACUACAAGGUGGUGAAGUUGCUGUUACGAUACGGAGGGAAUCCGCAGCAGAGUAACAGAAAAGGCGAGACGCCAUUGAAAGUUGCCAAUUCGCCGACAAUGGUGAACCUGCUGUUAGGCAAAGGCACCUACACGUCCAGCGAGGAGAGCUCCACUGAGAGCUCUGAAGAAGAAGACGCCCCAUCCUUUGCACCUUCCAGCUCCGUCGACGGCAACAACACAGACUCUGAAUUUGAGAAAGGCCUAAAGCACAAGGCCAAGAUCUCCGAGCCCCAGAAGACGGCCACUCCUGUGAAGGACGAGUACGAGUUCGAUGAGGACGAUGAGCAAGACAGAGUCCCCCCAGUGGAUGAUAAACAUUUAUUAAAAAAGGAUUACAGGAAAGAAACUAAAUCAAAUAGUUUUAUUUCUAUACCCAAAAUGGAAGUGAAAAGUUAUGCUAAAAACAACACAGUUGCACCAAAGAAAGUUGCCCAUCGCAUCUUAUCAGAUUCAUCAGACGAAGAGGACGUGAGUGUUGCCUUGGGGUCAGGAGAGAAGCUCAGACUGUCAGCACAUACGAUAUUGCCCGGUAAUAAAACCCGAGAGCCUUCCAGUUCCAAGCAGCAGAAAGAAAAAAAUAAAGUGAAAAAGAAACGAAAGAAAGAAACAAAAGGCAAAGAAGUUCGGUUUGGCAAAAGGAGCGACAAGUUCUGCUCCUCUGGGUCUGAGAGCGAGUCCCUGGAGAGCGAGGGGGAUGACAGGGGCUCGGUGAGCAGCUCCGGUGGCCUCAAGGGGUCCCCACUGGUGCUGAAGGACCCCUCUCUGUUCAGCUCCCUCUCGGCCUCCUCCACGUCCUCUCGUGGGAGCUCUGCCUCCCGGAAGCACCACCCCAGCCACAGCGAGCAGCAGGCCAAGCACUGGAGGACGGACAAUUGGAAAACCGUCUCCUCUCCCCCUUGGUCAGAGGUCAGUUCCCUCUCGGACUCCACAAGGACGAGGCUGACGAGUGACUCCGACUACCCGUCCGAGGGCUCCAGCGUGGAGUCCCCAAAGCCCGUCAGAAAGAAGCAGGAGCACAGGAAGAGGGGGGGCCUCCAGGGCACGCUCUCUGAGAAGAAGAAUUCCUUCCACUCUGGUGUGGACGGUGCCAUCCCAAAGCUGGAUAAAGAGGGGAAAAUCGUCAAAAAACACAAAACAAAACACAAACACAAAAACAAAGAGAAAGGACAGUGUUCAGUUAGUCAAGAACUUAAACUGAAAAGUUUUACUUAUGAAUAUGAGGACAUCAAACAAAAGCCAGACAAGGCCAUGCUUGUAGAUAAUGAUAUUCCCAUGGAAGGUAAGUUAAAAGUGUUAAAGCACGAGCGAGACCAUUUUAAGAAAGAAGAGAGACUUAGCAAACUGAAGUCAGAAGAAAAAGAGUGGUUAUUUAAAGAUGAGAUACUCAAGGUCUCCAAAGAUGAGAAAUCUCUAAAGAGAAUCAGAGACCUAAGUAAAGACAUUGGCAGGUCUUUUCGAGAAGAGAAAGAACGUUGGAGUAAAGUAGAAAAGGAGAAAUUGAUGAAGGAAAAGUCUCCAAAGGAGGAAAAACUGAGACUCUGCAAAGAGGAAAGGAAGAAAAAGUCAAAAGACAGGCCCUCAAAAUUAGAGAAGAAGAAUGAUUUAAAAGAGGACAGGAUUUCAAAAGAGAAGGAAAAGCCUUUCAAAGAAGAUAAAGAAAAACUCAGAAAAGAAAAAGUUUAUAGGGAAGAUUCUGCUUUUGACGAAUAUUGUAACAAAAACCAGUUCCUGGAGAACGAGGACACCAAAUUCAGCCUGUCUGACGAACAGCAGGAGCCGUGGUUCUCAGACCUGUCAGACUCGUCCUUUGAUUUCAAGGAGGAGGACAGUUGGGACUCCGCAGUGACUGAUUACAGGGAGAUCAGAAACGACUCAGUGGCCAAGCUCAUCCUGGGGACGGCGAAAGAGGACGCCAAAGACAAGAAGCGGGAUGGCAAAAGCCGUGCCGACAGACGGGACAGAGACUCUUUCUUCAGAAAGAAAGACAGGGAUUACUUGGAUAAAAACUCUGAAAAGAGAAAAGAGCAGACGGAGAAACAUAAAAGCGUCCCCAGCUAUCUGUCGGAAAAGGACAAGAGGAGGAAGGAGCCAGGCGAGGGCGGGAAAGAGCGGAAGGAGGAGCUGAGGGAGUGCGGCUGCGACGGUCUCUUCAGGGACAAGGCCGACCCGGACUUCGUGAAGGGCCUGGAGCCCUGGGAGAGGCAUCAUCUGGCGAAAGAAAAGGAAAAGAAAGAUGGACUCGAUAAGGAAAAGAGAGAGAAGGUAAAAUCCGAAAAAUAUAAAGAUAAGUCCAGUGACAAAGACAAAAAUGAAAAAUCUAUCCUUGAAAAAAGUCAGAAGGACAAAGAAUUUGAUAAAUGUUUUAAAGAGAAAAAAGAUACCAAGGAAAAACAUAAAGAUAUACAUAGCAAAGACAAAGAAAGAAAAACUUCUCUUGAUCAAGUUAAAGAAAAAAAGGAGAAGACUUUCCCUGGAAUUACCUCAGAAGACUUCUCUGAAAAAAAAGACGAAAGAAAGGGUAAAGAGAAAAGCUGGUAUAUUGCAGAUAUAUUCACAGAUGAAAGUGAAGAUGAAAAGGACGAUUACACGGCGAGUGGGUUCAAACUGGGAGAGGCCAGCGAGGGGCAGCGGGCGGACGGCCCCCAGGAUGGCGAGGACGGGAAGGAGCCCUUCCCUCCCGACAAGCACAGGAAGGGCUCCUUGGAAAAGCAGAGAGAGAAGGAGUCCAAAGAAAAGAAGAAGGAGAAAGGAGCCAUUGAAGGGGGGAAAGACAAAAAGGAAAAAACCUCUGAAAAGCACAAAGAGAAGAAGGAUAGAGAGUCUACGGAAAAAUAUAAGGAAAGGAAGGACAGAGCUUCAGUUGACUCUAUUCAAGAAAAGAAAAAUAAACAGAAACUCCCUGAAAAGGUCGAAAAGAAGCACGCUACUGAAGACAAGGUUAAAAGUAAGCACAAAGAAAAGUCUGAUAAAGAACAUUCCAAAGAGAGGAAGUCUUUGAAAAGCGCGGAGAUGGAAAAGAGCUUGUUGGAGAAGUUGGAAGAAGAAGCUCUUCAUGAAUACCGAGAAGACUCCAACGAUAAGAUCAGUGAGAUUUCAUCUGACAGCUUCCCAGACCGGGUGCAGGACCCGGGCCUCGGCGGCCUGGACGCGUCCCCCACGGAUGCCCCAGAGGACAAGGGCAGGGAGAAUCCCUGCUUCCAGGAGAAGCUGCGGGAGAAGGAGAGGCACAGGCAUUCCUCCUCCUCCUCCAAGAAAAGCCACGAGCGGGAGAGAGCGAAGAGAGAGAAGGCCGAGAAGAAGGAAAAGAGUGAGGAUGCGAGCGGCAGAAAGGACUCGAGCCAGCACGAGAAGGAGCUCCUGGAAGCGGAUGUUUAUGGCGUCUCCUACGCGACGAAAGCCGACAUAGACGAUGACUUAGACAAAGCCAUUGAGUUGUUUUCUACUGAAAAGAAAGAUAAAAAUGAUUCUGAGAGAGAACCUUCCAAGAAGAUAGAAAAGGAGCUGAAGCCUUACGGGUCUGGUGCUGUCACUGUCCUCAAAGAGAGGAAGAGGAGAGACAAGCACCGGGAGCGGUGGAGGGACGAGAGGGACCGGCACCGGGAGAGGCACACAGACGGGCUCUCGAAACAUCACAAGGACGAGCAGAAGCCUGGGGCCAGAGACAAGGACAAUCCUCCAAAUUCCUUUAAAGAUAAGUCCAAGGAGGAAAACCUGAAAUUCAGUGAGAUGAAACUGAAGGAGAAAUUCAAGGAGAGUCAAGAGAGAGAAAGGAGUGACCCGGUGAAGAUCAGCAACGGGAAUGACAGGGCGCCGCCCCCCAAGGACUCGGGCAAGAAGGAAGGCAGCAGGCCCAGGGAGAAGCUUCUGGGAGACGGCGACCUGAUGAUGACGAGCUUUGAAAGAAUGCUCUCCCAGAAAGACCUGGAGAUCGAGGAACGCCACAAGAGGCACAAGGAGAGAAUGAAGCAGAUGGAGAAGCUACGGCACAGGUCUGGGGACCCCAAGCUCAAGGACAGGAUGAAGCCAGCAGAGGACCCGCGGAAGAGGGGGCUGGAGGUCCUCUCCAGGAAACCCCCGGGGCCCGACAUGCAGUUCAAGGACAGAAAGCUCAAGGACUCCAUGGCCGUGACUCCCGCUCUGCCAGCGACCGAAAACAAAACCCCCCCGGGAGCGGUGUCGGAGCCCAAGGACUGGCUGGCAGGGCCUCACAUCAAAGAGGUCUUGCCGGCGUCCCCGAGGCCUGAGCAGGGCCGGCCCACAGGGGUCCCCACGCCUGCGUCGGUGGUGUCGUGCCCCAGCUACGAGGAGGUGAUGCACACCCCCAGGACCCCAUCUUGCAGCGCCGACGACUACGCGGACCUCCUGUUCGACUGUGCCGACCCCCAGCAUGUGCUCCCCAUCUCCAGCACCUCUGCCAGCGCCUGCUCCCUGUCCUUCUUUGACAGGCUCACAGCUGCGCCCAGUGGGCUUUCCGAAAACCCAGGCCAGACUCCAACAAGGACUCUCACCACCAGCCUCUACCGCUCAAUCUCUGUGGACAUCAGGAGGACCCCCGAGGAAGAAUUCAGCGUUGGGGACAAGCUGUUCAGGCAGCAGAGCGUUCCGGCCACAGCCCGCUACGGCUCCCCGGUGCAGCAUCUGAUAGAAGAGAAGGUCCCUUUGCCCCCAGGCCCCCCAGAAAAGUUCCCGUGCUUGUCUCCAGGGUAUUACUCUCCAGACUACGGGGUCCCGUCUCCCAAAGGUGAUGCUCUGCACUGCGCCCCUGCACAUGUGAACGCUGCACACUCACCAGAAGGCGUUUUCUCAAGUUUACAAGCAGAAGCUUCACCUUUGCACAGAGAUGAGCUGUCUGCUCCUUCCAUGGAAGGGGCCCUCCCCCCUGACCUGGGCCUUCCUCUAGACGCCACAGAAGACCAGCAGGCCACCGCCGCCAUCAUCCCGCCCGAGCCCAGCUACCUGGAGCCCCUGGACGAGGGCCCCUUCAGCACUGUCAUCACCGAGGAGGACCCGGCAGGCUGGGCACCACCUGUGGCCUCCGAGCAGCCGCUUCCUUCCAGCCUCCUCGGGGGCGCCUCGGAAAGCUCCGUCAGCUGGCCCGUGGGGCCAGACCUACUGCUCAAGUCUCCCCAGAGGUUUGCUGAGUCUCCCCAGCCCUUCUGUCCUGCGGAGUCCGUCCACCCUGCUGCUCCAGCGCCUUUCAUGGCCACCGAGCCCCCAUACCCCACUUCUCCGAUUUCAUACCCAUUGUCAGUCCCUGACCCGGGACUCGAGGACACCAAAGGGGGUGGUGUAGACGCACUUGCGGUCGAGUUCUCAGCUUCACAAGAGCCAGCGCCUUACGCCUCCCCCUGCAGGCUGGGGGCCUUCUUCAGUAACUGCAAGCCUACCCCGGAAGCGGCCUCUGACGUGCCCCCCGAGCCCACUUGUGUGGCCACUGUGGCUCAGGUGGAGGCUCUGGGGCCCCUAGAAAGUAACUUUCUGGAGAACAGCCACAGUGUUUCUGCCCUUGGCCAGGAGGAGCCUGUCACCUGGCCCGAUCCUUUCACAAACCCCGAAGAUGACCUGGACCUGGGGCCGUUUUCACUGCCAGAUCUUCCCCUUCAAAGUAAAGAUGUUUCUGACGUUGAAACGGAACCGAUGGAAGAAAGCCCUGUGGUUCCUUCAGAAAGUACCCCUCCAGGAGCCCCCGGGACCAUGAGCAGUGGGGAGCCCCCCACAUCUGCUGCCGAGGAGCAGCCGCAGCCUGUCCCUGCUCCAACAUCCGCCCUGCUCUCCACUGAGCCCGAGCCCAAGUCCUCAGAGGAGCCAGGAGGAGGGGAGCCACCGGAGGCUCCCCUAGACGCCGGGGACGUGUCCCAAGAGAGCACCCCCGGGGACCUGGACUCCAGCUCAGGGCCCACGCUGGCCCCCACAGAGCCCCCUGCGCUGGGGAGUGGAGGUGAGGAGGCCGAGGCCCUGGCCACAGUCGACUGUGCUGCUGAGGCUCCCCCAGCAGCACCCCCAGCCCAGGCCCACUGUGCAGGCAGGGCCGGCCCCCAGGACCACAGCGGGGCCAGUGCUGCCACCCAGGCCGAGGCCUCUCCAGGCAGCGUCCAGCCAGAAACUACAGAGCCAGUGACCAGACCCACAGCCGAAGCCCCCAAGCCCGCCAAGGUGGAGGAGAUCCCACAGCGCAUCACCAGGAACCGGGCGCAGAUGCUGGCCAACCAGAGCAGGCAGAGCCUCUGCCCUUCCGAGAAGGAGUUGACCCCUGCCGUGGCCCCAGCGGCCAGGGCCAAGGGCCGCGCCACCGAGGAGGAUGAUGCCCAGGCCCAGCACCCCCGCAAACGCCGGUUCCAGCGCUCCAGCCAGCAGCUGCAGCAGCAGAUCCACACGUCCACCCAGCAGACACGGGAGGUGAUCCAGCAGACGCUGGCGGCCAUCGUGGAUGCCAUCAAGCUGGACGACAUUGAGCCCUACCACAGCGACAGGUCCAACCCGUACUUCGAGUACCUGCAGAUCAGGAAGAAGAUCGAGGAGAAGCGGAAAAUCCUCUGUUACAUCACGCCCCAGGCCCCCCAAUGCUACGCCGAGUACGUCACCUACACCGGCUCCUACCUGCUGGACGGCAAGCCGCUCAGCAAGCUCCACAUUCCAGUGAUCGCCCCCCCACCCUCCCUGGCCGAGCCCCUCAAGGAGCUGUUCAAGCAGCAGGAGGCCGUGAGGGGGAAGUUGCGCCUGCAGCACAGCAUCGAGCGGGAGAAGCUGAUCGUGUCCUGCGAGCAGGAGAUCCUGCGUGUGCACUGCCGGGCGGCGAGGACCAUCGCAAACCAGGCCGUGCCCUUCAGCGCCUGCACCAUGCUGCUGGACUCGGAGGUCUACAACAUGCCCCUCGAGAGCCAGGGUGAUGAAAAUAAAUCUGUGCGUGACCGGUUCAACGCCCGCCAGUUCAUUUCCUGGCUGCAGGACGUGGAUGACAAAUACGACCGGAUGAAGACGUGUCUCCUGAUGCGGCAGCAGCACGAGGCGGCGGCCCUGAACGCCGUGCAGCGCAUGGAGUGGCAGCUCAAGGUCCAGGAGCUGGACCCCGCGGGGCACAAGUCGCUCUGCGUCAACGAGGUGCCCUCCUUCUACGUGCCCAUGGUGGACGUCAACGACGACUUCGUGCUCCUGCCGGCGUGAGGGCGCCCGGGGCCGGGCUCGCACGCACACCCCAGCGCCGGCUGCGCGCGGAGGACGCGGCCUCUGACCCGCCGGGUGGGAGAGGCCCCGGGAGAAACACUGCGCUUCGCUGAUGGCUUCUCCGUCCCCUCCGGACCCGCCUCCCACGGAGCGGCUGCCGCGGGGCCUCCCGCCCGGGCCGGACGCAUCGGCGCGCCCCGCUCCUGGUUUUGCAGCCAGCUGCAGAGACGCGUCACAAGUUGCAGAGAAGAAUGUGUUUUUUAAAUUUCUUGUUCCGUUCUGAUCAACAAGGAAAACGAUUAGGACAUCCACUGCUCGCGGACGAAGGCCUCCUGUUGGAGGGGAGGCAGCCGGCAGGCGAGGCUGGGCCCGGCCGGGGAGGACGCUGCGGCGGAGCCAGGGCGCGCCCGCUGGUGUUUUUAAUGGAGUCAAAUCCACGUGGUUUGUAUAUUUUUUCCUUUAAUCUUGGGCAUUUUGUUUCUCUUUCUGAGAACAUAACUUGAAACACUACAGAGCCAAUAAUCAUAUAAAAAGUGUACCCCGUAAGCGAUGUACAGUUUUAUAUACAUUCACAAUGUACUUUUGCUGCCUUCUAGAUAAUUUAUUUUGCAACACAUUACUGCACAGUUGUAAAUAACUUAUGUACUGUAACAUCACUUUCAGUUAUGUGUAAAGAAAUAAAUAAGUUAACUAAAGUGA